AUGACACGGGCAAAGGUUCUCUACUUUUCAGGUGAGAUCCCCCAGGGAGACCCAGAGGGCGACCAACGGGAUUUGUUCAGAAAGUUACACCUCCUCAGCAAUGAGAAGAACCACCCCAUCCUAGCUUCUUUCCUUACCUCGGUCACCUCAGCAUUGAGAGAGGAAUGCACCCGGCUGAGUCGGACCCAGAGGGAUCUGAUACCCACCUUUGAGAGCGUCCUCGACUUGACUGAUCAUGUCUUCCAACUGAGGAAGUCACCGCUCGGCGGAGCCAUUGAGCGGGUGUUGGUCCUCGUAUUUCAGUUGGGCAGCUUCAUUGCAUACCACGAAGUUUAUCCGCUUGAGUACAAUUUCCAAGCGUCGAAUGCGUCUCUCAUUGCAAGAGGUCCGGGCCUGCUCUCGGCGGCAGCCAUUGGGCUUUCACCCAGCGUGACCAUGAUCCCAAGCAUCGCCGAGGACAUCACCAGGGUCGCGUUCCGAUUUGGACUGAUCGUCGAUCAGGUUUGCCGGUCGCUAGAAGUCUCGCCAGAUGAGAUUAAUGCCGACGGUGCCUGGAUAUACUGCUCAUAUGGAGUCGACGACAAGGAAGCUACCCAAGCAGUUGCUCGUUUCAAUGCGGAGAAGGCAUACCCUGAGACAAGCAUGGCGGCAGUGUUCAACGUCGACGGCAAGUCCGUCAGCAUCGGCGGCCCGCCGUCGACUCUCCGAGCCCUCUUCUCCGAGUCUGACUUCUUCCGGCACACGAGAAACGUGCCGAUGAAGAAGGUCCAGGGAAUGUGGCACCAGGGCACAAUUUACGGCACAGAGCAUGUGCAGCAGAUCGUGCCCAAGAUCGAUCAAGCACACCAGCUGCAUCUCCCUUUAUUCUCCCCUGUCACCGGGCAACCGCUUGAGCCCACAAACGCCACGUCGCUGCUCAAGCAAAUCAUGGAGGAGAUGCUGACGCAGAUAAUUCGCUGGGACAAGACCAUUGACGGCAUCACCCAGUUAUUGAGCCAGCAGUCGCCCGAAUCCACCCACCUGAUCUCCAUCCAGCCGUCACACUACGUUGAGAGCCUCCUCGACCACUGGCGAGUCGAGAUUCCCACCGCAACACACUCGACCCAAGACAUGAUGACGGCAGUCAUGAACCUCCCGCUCGGGACGAGCCAGCCCCGGGACGCCAGGUCGUCCAAGAUUGCCGUCGUGGGCAUGGCGUGUCGGUUUCCGGGAGGUUCCGACGACACGGAAAAGUUCUGGGCAUUGUUGGCGCAGGGGCGAGACGUCCACAGUCACAUCCCGCCCGAUCGGUUCAACAUCGAGACCCACGUCGACCCGACGGGCAAAAGGCCCAACACGUCUGGAACGUCCUACGGCUGCUUCGUGGACAAUCCGGGCCUGUUCGACGCCAUGUUCUUCGGCAUGUCGCCGCGAGAGGUCGAGCAAACAGACCCAAUGCAUCGCCUUGCCCUGGUGACAGCCUACGAGGCUCUUGAGAGCUCGGGCUACGUGCAUCGCCGGGGUAUACAUGCGCGGCGUGUCGGCACAUUCUACGGACAUGCCAGCGACGACUAUCGUGAGGUCAACUCGGGACAAGACGUGGGCACUUAUUUCAUUCCCGGGGGGUGUCGAGCUUUUGCCCCCGGCCGCAUUAACUACUUCUUCAAAUUCUGGGGACCGAGUUUCAGCGUCGAUACGGCCUGCUCAUCCAGCUUGGCGGCGAUACAAGCCGCGUGCACCUCGCUAUGGAGUGGGGAUGUCGACAUGGCUAUCACCGGCGGUCUCAACAUCCUCACAAACUCGGAUGUGUACGCUGGGCUGAGCAACGGCCACUUCCUGUCCCCCACCGGAAACUGCAAAACGUGGGAUGAGGGAGCGGAUGGCUACUGCCGUGCAGAUGGCGUCGGUAGCGUGGUUCUGAAGCGGCUGGAGGACGCCGAGGCCGACAACGACAACAUUCUUGGCGUGGUUCUGUCUGCGGCCACGGAUCAUUCGGCCGAGGCCGUGUCCAUUACACAUCCACACGAUGUGGCGCAGGCGCAUCUGUACAACCAGGUCGUGAGACGUGCUGGAAUUAGUCCCCUUGCUGUCGGCUAUGUCGAAAUGCAUGGCACGGGAACUCAGGCAGGCGAUGGCACCGAGAUGAGAUCGGUCACGAGCGUCUUUGCUCCCAGCGCUGACCAGGGCCACGUCCGACCACGGGACAAGCCUCUCCAUAUUGGAACUGUCAAAUCCAAUGUGGGCCACGGGGAGGCAGCUGCUGGCAUCAUGGCCUUUGUCAAGACCAUGCUAGUCCUCCAGAAAGGCAUCAUACCUCCUCACGUUGGGGUUAAGACGCGGCUCAAUCCAGCUUUGCCGCGGGAUCUGGACAAGAGAAACGUGCUCAUUCCAUUCACGGCCGCUUCCUGGGCACCGGACAAGAACCGGACGAGGCUGGCCAUGGUGAACAACUUUGGAGCCGCAGGCGGAAACACGUCCAUCAUCGUGCAAGAGGCGACGCCGCGGCCGAGGAAGGGCGAGGACACGCGACAGACACAGGUCCUCACCAUCUCGGCAAAGACGGCCUUUUCCCUCCACGAAAAUAUCAAACGUCUCGUGGACUACAUGGAAGCACGAGAGGAUAUCUCCAUCGCGGACUUGGCAUAUACGCUGUCAGGCCGGAGGAAUCACUAUAACUACCGCGUCUCCGUUCUAGCUUCCUCGCGGGUUGAAGCUAUCGACGUACUUCGACCUCACCUUGUAACAUCGCUGGACCAGGCGCCACAUUUCGGGAAGCAAGCCCCCGUGGUGUUUGCCUUCACGGGACAGGGCACGUUCUAUAUUGGCAUUGGCGCACAAUUGUAUCGAGAUUCUCCCCUGUUCCGCCAGCAGCUCGACCAACUCGACAGUCUGGCACGACGACAGAACUUCGUCUCGUUCCUGUCCAUUAUCAUGGGGACCUGCCGUCCUGAAGAUGUCUCGACUGUUUCCAUGCAUCUGGCAAUAGUGUGCGUGGAGAUUGCUCUGGCACGACUAUGGACGUCACUUGGUGUCAAGCCAAGCGUCGUCCUAGGCCACAGCCUGGGAGAAUACGCUGCACUGGCUGUGGCCGGGGUUCUGUCCGAUAGCACUGCCGUGUUCCUCGUCGGCACACGUGCCAUGCUGCUGACUUCUACGUGUACAUCCAACACUCACGGGAUGUUGUCAGUCCGAACAUCCGUGGCAAAUGUCGCGCAAGCGGCAGGCGACGUUCCGUUUGAGGUUGCCUGUAUCAACGGACCCAAUGAAACAGUUGUCGGCGGCAAGCUCGCAGACAUUGCUGCCCUUUCAGACGCUCUGGCCCUAGCUGGCCACAGGAGCGUGAAACUGGAUGUCGCACACGCCUACCACACCAGCCAGAUGGAUGCUCUCCUGGACGAAUUCGUUACGCAGACGCAGGCGGUGGUUUGCAAGAAGCCUAGCAUUCCCAUCAUUUCACCUCGGCACGCCGGUGUGCUGAACCAGAAUGACGUGGUCGAUGUAUCAUAUCUGGCUGCUGCGACGCGAGAAACCGUGGAUUUCGCCGGCGCGCUCAAGGCUGCGUGGGAGUCUGGCAUCGUGUCCAACCCCACCAUCUGGCUCGAGGUGGGACACCAUCCCACCUGCACUGGUUUCAUAACCCGGACGCUGCCCUCGACCCGACUGGUAGUCUCGAGUCUGCACCGAGAUAGCGACAACUGGACGAACCUGGCCAAGACUCUCAGUGCCCUGUACAGUGCCGGCAUGGAUGUUGACUGGAACGAAUACCACCGGCCCUUCGAGCUGGCCGGAGCGCUCCGACUAGUCGACGCCCCAACUUACGCAUGGAACAAUAAGAAUUACUGGAUCCAAUACCGUGGAGACUGGAAUCUAACCAAGGGAAGAUCCGCACCUGAGCCUGAACCCACACUGGGCGCAAAUCGGUUCCAAACGUCUAGCAUCCACCGGCUUAUAUCAGAAGAAUACAGCCGGUCCAAGGCAAAGCUGUCGGCCGAAACCAGUAUUACCGACCCGUCACUCGAGGGCGUGGUAGAUGGACAUGCCAUGAAUGGCUAUGGAGUUGCUUCUUCUUUCCUCCACGCUGACAUGGCAUUCACACUAGCAAGCCGGAUCAUCUCCCAAAUGCUACCAGGCUCGGCCUCUCUCGGCAUCAAUAUCGCUGAUUUUGAGUACCACGAGCCCGUCGUCAAGCUCCAAAGAACGAGCGACGCCCAGCCCAUCCUAGUCGCCGCCGAGGCCGACCUGGACAAGAUGGAAGUGCAAGUCAAGUGGUUUAACCCUGCCAAGGAGCUGUGGUACUGCCACGCCACCGUCCUCUACGAGGAACCCUCGUCCUGGCUAUCCACGUGGGCGCGCAACGUAAAGCUGGUGUCGAGUCGCAUAGACGCGCUCAAUGAUAUGGCGGCCGCCGGAAGGGCCAGCAAGCUGACGACGGACCUCGCUUACAGUCUCUUCGGGAAGCUUGUCGGCUACAGCAAGCUGUACCAGACGAUGCAGUCGGUGAUCCUCAACGAGGACGAGGCUGUGGCCGAGGUGGUGUUUCCCGCCGACGCCAGCGGGGCCUGGACCGUGCCGCCGCACUUCAUCGACGGCCUCGUUUCGCUGUCGGGCUUCAUCCUCAACGGCGGCACUCACUUCGACAACACCAACAACUUCUUCAUCACGCCGAGCUGGAAGUCGAUGCGCUUCGCCAGACCGCUGGCGGCCGGCGGCCGGUACUUGGCCUAUGUGCGCAUGGUGCCUGUUGACGGCCACUCAUACGCCGGCGACGUGUCAACCGCUUCUUCAGAGCUCCUGAUGCAAGCAGUGCUCUGGCGAAAACAACAGCAGCAGCGGUCCCAGCGACCGCUGCGAAACCCGAAUUUCUCGCACCAAAACGUCCCGCCGCGCCUGAUUUCACGCCGCCCAGCCCGGGAAGCUCCUCACUCGUUGUAGUUUCGUGCGGCGGUCAGGACUCGCAGACGACUGGAGAAUCCACGCCUUACUCCGAGCAGGACUCGCGAGGCUUGCCUGCAGCAGCAUCAGCAUCAGCAUCAGACGACAUCACGUCCCGCGCCCUUGUCCUGAUCGCCGAGGAACUCGCUGUCGAUAUCGGGCUGCUCGUGGAUGAGGCCAAGAUCACAGACCUGGGGCUAGACUCACUCAUGUCCCUUGUCAUGUCCCAGAGACUUCGGGAGGAACUGGGCAUCGAGAUCAGGGAUGCCUUCUUUUUGGAAGUGGCCACCAUCAAAGACUUGAAGAAAUUGCUUCAUUGAUUUAGGCAAAAGCCGUGGUCCUCUGCUACCACCCUGAGGUGGUACAAUCGAUUGGUUGGCUUGCCUGCCUGGAAUAUUCGUACUUCAACAAUGCAUUUGCCUUUGUGUUGGCCUUUGAAGGAAUGCGAGAGGGCUUUGCGAAAAGC